AGCAAGUUCAUAGUUGCACCUGUCUUGAAACAGUGUUACCUUUGACUUGUUACAAUGCUUCGAACUCUCGAACAAAUAUGGCGGCCCCCAUGUCAUGGAGAAGACUUGUGUACUCUGUGUACACGCCGGCUCUUUCAGGGGUUUUCACCAGGAUUUCGGAUAGAUUUUUCCGCACACAUGACCGCAGAAGAGGUUCAUCGCUGUUGUUACUGGCGCCCCUACUGGCGGAGAGCGAGGUGUUGCCGGCGCCGCCCCCUCGGCCGCCCGGGGCCCCGGGCAUGGAGGGCCUGCAGUCCCGAUUCCACUGGAUGGCCGACCACGUUCCGGCCUUCCGGGUGCCUGGCGCCCGCGUGCACGUCCUGCACUCCCCCGAGGAGUUCUACCAGGUCAUGAAGGCACGAAUCAAAACAGCCAAGAGGCGGGUUGUCAUGGCAUCUCUGUACCUCGGCACCGGACCCCUGGAGCAGGACCUGGUAGACUGCAUGGAAGAGGCCCUGGAGCGAUCCCAGAGCUCCGCCAACCCCGACCUCAAGGUCUCCCUACUGCUCGACUACACCAGAGGCUCUAGAGGUAAGAAUAACUCGCGGACCAUGCUGCUGCCCCUGCUCCAGCGUUUCCCAUCUCAGGUGCGCGUCUCCUUGUACCACACGCCCGACCUGCGCGGCCUGCUGAGGCUGCUGGUGCCCGAACGCUUCAACGAGACCAUCGGGGUACAGCACAUCAAGGCCUACCUGUUUGAUGACAGCCUCAUCAUCAGCGGGGCGAACCUGAGUGACUCGUACUUCACUAACCGGCAGGACCGCUACGUGCUGCUGGAGGACUGUGGAGAGGUGGCCGACUUCUUUGCCGACCUGGUAGGGGCCGUGGGGGACGUCUCGCUCCAGCUGCAGCCGGACGACAGCACACACAUGCUGGACGGCAUGGUGCACCCCUACAACGGCAACCGUAAGGAUUUCUCGGCGCUGGCCAGGAGGCGCAUCAUGGAGGUGGUGAACACGGCCCGUACGCGCCAGAGGCUCCUGGAAGCGCAGCGUGUCCUGGAGGAGGAGCAGGAGGCAGCAGCAGGAGGAGGAGCAGGGAGGGGCAUGGAGGAGGAGGAGGAGGGGGCGGCAUCGCCAUCGGGCUCGGAGACGGACACCUGGGUCUUCCCUCUGGUGCAGAUGAAACCCCUGGGCAUCCACCUGGACGAGCAGGUGACGGAGCGUCUGCUGACGGAGGCGGGUGGCGACUCGACGGUCUUCCUGACGUCGGGCUACUUCAACCUGACGCGGGCGUACAUGCGGCUGGUGCUGGGCGCCGGCGCCGACUACCGCAUCCUGAUGGCGGCGCCCGAGGUCAACGGCUUCUUCGGGGCCAAGGGCGUGGCGGGCGCCAUCCCCGCCGCCUACGUGCACCUGGCGCGCCAGUUCUACAGCAAGGUGGUGCAGCUCGGGCAGCAGAGCCGCGUGCACCUGCACGAGUACCACCGCCAAGACUGGACCUUCCACGCCAAGGGGCUGUGGUAUUACCUGGAUGGCAGCGACAGGCCGUGCCUCACUCUGAUUGGCUCUCCAAACUUCGGCUACCGCUCUGUGCACCGGGACCUGGAGGCUCAGAUAGCCAUAGUGACGGACAACCAGGAGCUCCAGGCUGAGCUGCAGCAGGAGCAGGAGAUGCUGUACAAGAGGUCGACGGAGGUCUCUGGCAACACCUUCAAGCAGCCUGACCGCUACGUGAAGCUGUGGGUAAAGCUGGUGACUCCGCUCAUCAAGAACUUCUUCUAGAAGCUUCUGACGCGGGCCCGAGAAGCAACAGCUCCCUUGUCAGGUGCGUCAACAUUGUAAAAAAAACUUUUUUUGUGUCGUCGUUUCUCUGAAGUUGGCUGACGCACUAUCCUGUUUUGCAGGCGCCGUUUCCUUGCAGAGACACUGACUCCCACAUUCACCUCCUCUGACACACAUACACAGUUACCGGUACACACUCACUUAUCGCAGCAUUUGUGUGUUCAUACAGUAUAAGUCAGAGAAGGGUUCAGGAAAACAGAAAACCAGACUGUGGCCGAGGCUAAAAAUGUGCCGACUCACUACGUGGGUCCCAGCAUGCAGCGGUGGUGGUGGUGGUGAAGGCAGGGCCCUGCCGAGGCAGAGUCAGCAUUGUUGACCACAGUAGGAGGCCUGCGCUCUACUUCCCACACAGGCUGCCCUGUCCUGUCCUGUCCCAGACCCAGACAGACAGCUCAACACAGCUCCCCCACGAUCCCACAAACACUCCCCACCCGUCCCUCUCCAGUCACCCUCCCUACCUCAGCCCAACCCCGUGGCUAGCUCCAGCCUGGAGCACUUCUGCUGGUGGCCUUCGGCAGCUCUGAAUAGCUUAGCAAUAAUUACGGUCUCCUCAUGAGCUGGAGUAUCCAAGUUGGGGUUGGUUUGUCUUGACGGGUUUGUUUCAUUAUCUCUUGUAACAAGCAGAUAAGCUUGCUUUGCUCAGCUGAAUUGAGAGGUUUGCUCAUUCGGUGGACUCCAAUGUGAACAAAUGCAUCAUUUGGCAAGUGUACAGUCAUCUUUCGGUAAAUACUUUUGCCAAAGUUAAAUGAUUUCACAAGUUAUUAGAAAACACUGCAUUUGCAGGAAAAUGUUUUUAAGACUGGUGUCCUCAUUCAUCAAAACCUCUGCAUUCAUGAUGUGUGUGUGUAUACUUUUGUCUUCCCAUUCAAAAUGUAUGUUAAUUGGCAUGGACACCACACAAAGUAGUCUCAUGGUGCCAGUCACUGCACAUCAACUGAAGAAAAUAAGUCUUUAUUUAGUGCAGUGGAAUAACAACUAUUUUUACUAUCAUAGCAGAGACUUUCUGUUGGCAAAAUCUUUCGUCAUAGUUGGUACUUGUUAACAUGCAUUUUAAACUUGACACAUACCAAAUAUGCUUUGAUGACCCAGGUUUUGGUGUCUAUGAAGCAUUUAAAGUAUGUAAUUCCACUAUGAAACUGAUUCUUACUGUUAGUGGAGCAAAAGUGAGUUCAUCCUACCCAGCUCCCUGCACUGCUUUUGACCCAACACCUUUGGCGUUGCUUCUAGUCAGGCCAGGAGCAAUAUGCUGAGCUCUGUAGAACUCGGGAACUCCACCCACUUUGUCGGGAGGCAAUCAACUUUGAGCAACUCCAACGGCCCUGGGUAGAUGCAUGUUCAAGCCAGCGAUGUGGUUUAAGCAGGGACGUUCUGUUGGGACUAAGAAAAUGUUUGGUUUUAACUACAGCCUUUUCUUGCCUCAAUCAGUAGCAAACCGAGGGAGGCGGGUCAACCAGGCCAUUUGGUAAACGUUUUCAUUAUCUUCUUGGUCAGACCAACGUCUCGGAUAAUCAGGUCAAGUUGAUCCUACCAAUCUUGCACUCCUUUUGAACCAGUAUGUAGGUCAUUUGAAUUGGCCAGUUCCUCAAAACCAUGCCACAGGUUCAGUCACCUGUUUUGUAGCAGGAGAGGACACACCUCGGUGUGUGUGAUCCCUCAGUGGAACAGUCUCUUCUUACUCUUCCUUUGUGCAUGUUGGUAUGUCUGUGACGUUAUGUAAUUGGAGAUCAGAGUUAUUUAACCGCCUGAAGUGGUGACAGGAAUUACUGGCAUAGUAAGCUUACGAGAAGUGGUGUUUGCGUGUGGAAAAAAAGCCGCCAAUCAGGAAAAAAAAGAUUUUAACAUGAUGCAUUUCAAGUCACUUGACAUUCUUGUUUACACACCAAAUGGAAUGAGCAGUAUUUAUAGCCUUGUGGUUAAAAAAAGAAAAGGAAAUGUUUGUGUUUGUCGUGUAAGGCUGUAACGUAAGAUUUUUAAGUCAUGCAAAUCGUUCUCUGGAAAACGCACUAGGAAGUAAUUUUCAUUUUGUGAAAGCCCCAAAAGGAGGAAGCAACAACGAAAAUAAUAGCCCUAAAAAGAAUGGGCCUCUCCACCCACCGUCUCUCUCCAUGUGACCUCUGCAUGCCCUUUUACUGCUCAGGCUUUGGAUGGAGUUGGUUUUCCUGCAUGCCAGUGGCUUAGAUGUUUUCUGUCAGCAGUCUGUCACCGUUAAUUUGAAUAAGACGUAUUAUGUGGCCACAACAAACCAGCCAGUCUGCCUUCUUGAUCACACUGAUUUGUUUACCUUGAGAAACACUAUCGGCCUACGUCCAACAAACUGCUGUCUUGCAUCGAAAUGCUGCCACCUAAUGGCCAUUAACAAGAUGUAUUUGUGGUGCAUUUUAAAGUGGUAUUUCAGUCACAGAUGUUUCUCCUCAGCUCAUCAAACAUACAUGCACAAAGAGGCUUGUACAAAAUAGCUGUGACAUUUUAAAGGGUUCCCUUGGUAGUAAGACAUGUUGGCCUUAAAAGACUGAGGCUGUGUCUCAAAUGACACACUUUUGUCAGUGCACUGACAGUCAGUGCACAGUGCACACAGUGCACUGAGGUCUUUAGUGCAUAGUGUCGUGGGAAAAUUUGAGCACUACGCACUGUGCCCUCGCUGGAAGUGACGGCUGAGCAUGGCAUUAGCUCGCCAAAAUAUGAGUUGGCUACUGUUUACAAUGCACAGUGUCUGGUGCUUGUAUUUCCAUGUCCUUCACCCCAAAGGACAACAAUCACACAAAACUUUGGUUGUCAUGAAAAGGUUGGUGUCCCAUCACCAUUACUUACAGAAUUAGGAGACUGUUGACCAAACUCUCCUACUGAACUGAAUGCCACAUUUCCUCCGUGUCAUUGUCAACAUGGCCGCCGUUUAGUGCGUGCAGUGUCCAUCAUUCAAGCACUGCAUUUUUCUGCCAUUGUUAGGGGACCAUCCUGGCACUUUCAGUGCGCUGGCUCAACGGAAAUUUUCAGCGUGAGCGCCCUAGGCACUGAAAAACAGUGCCCGAAGUGCACAAGUGCAGCAUUUGAGACACUGCCUGAGACUGGUACUGUGAUAUCAUUGGUAGCUUAGUAUAGCUACAGUAUUACUUUGUUUUAUUAAAAUGCUUAGAUGUCUCAAUGCAGUCUAGGUAAAAGUGACAUGGCUGCAUCAAAGGCAACCAAGUGACGAUUGAGAGUUUGUUAACUUAUGGAGAAACCAAAACCAUUUUUAGUGCUUUUAAAUCACAUAACACUAAGGUCAACCUUUUAAGGCCAGCAUGUCUUACUAACUAGCCAGGAAUCAUGUAAGAUAA